AUGUCUGCCCGCCCCCAAAACAUCGGUAUCAAGGCCAUCGAGGUCUACUUCCCUUCUCAAUGUGUUGACCAGGUCGAGCUUGAGAAGCACGAUGGUGUCAGUGCUGGCAAGUACACCAUUGGUCUUGGUCAGACUAAGAUGAGCUUCUGUGAUGACCGGGAAGACAUCUACUCCAUGUGCUUGACUACUCUUUCAUCCCUCUUCAAGAAGUAUGAAAUUGAUCCUAAGUCAAUUGGCCGCCUCGAGGUUGGCACUGAGACCCUCCUGGACAAGUCCAAGUCUGUCAAGUCCGUCCUGAUGCAGCUGUUUGCUGCUUCUGGAAACUUCAACGUUGAGGGCGUUGACACUGUCAAUGCUUGCUACGGCGGUACCAACGCCGUAUUCAACAGCAUUAACUGGCUCGAGUCUUCUGCUUGGGACGGUCGUGAUGCUGUUGUUGUGUGCGGUGAUAUCGCUUUGUACGCUGCUGGUGCUGCUCGCCCCACCGGUGGUGCUGGUUGCGUUGCCUUGCUCAUUGGUCCCGAUGCUCCUAUUGUCUUCGAGCCCGGUCUGCGCGGUUCUUACGUUACCCACGCCUACGACUUCUACAAACCCGAUCUCACCAGCGAGUACCCCGUUGUUGACGGCCACUUCUCUCUCCGCUGCUACACCGAGGCCGUCGAUGCCUGCUACAAGGCAUAUGCUGCCCGUGAGGAGACUCUCAAGGUUGCUAGCAAGACCGAGGAGGCUGAGACUGCUCUGGACCGCUUUGACUACAUCCUUUAUCACGCCCCCACCUGCAAGCUGGUUCAAAAAUCCUUUGCUCGUAUGCUCUACAAUGACUUCCUCGCAAACCCCACACACCCUGCCUUUGCCGAGGUAGCUCCCGAGCUUCGUGCCAUCGACUACGAGGCUUCUCUGACCGACAAGGCCGUUGAGAAGACCUUCAUGGCUCUGACCAAGAAGCGCUUCGCGGAGCGUGUGAACCCUGGCCUCCAGGUUGCCACUCUCUGUGGUAACAUGUACACUGCUACUGUCUACGGUGGUAUUGCUAGCUUGCUGAGCUAUGUUACCUUCUCCCCUAGCGAGCCUAAGCGCAUUGCUCUCUUCUCCUACGGUAGUGGUCUGGCUGCCUCUAUGUUCAGCGCCAACAUCGUUGGUGAUGUCUCGAAGAUUGUUGAGAAGUUGGACCUGAAGAACCGCCUUGAGUCCCGUACCGUCCUCGCUCCUGUUGAGUAUGAUGCCAUGUGCAAGCUGCGCGAACAUGCCCACCUGAAGAAGAACUUCCAGCCUACUGGAAAGACCGAGACUCUCCAGCCUGGAACCUACUACCUCGCCGAGGUUGAUGAGAUGUUCCGCCGCAAGUACGAAGUCAAGGCUUAA